UGGCUCUUUGUUCAUUGGAUUGCAUUGGAUGUAGUUUGUCAAUUGUUGCUCGUUGGUUGUUCGGUGAUUAGAUUUGUUUUAUAUUACGAACCAUUACGAACUACCGAGUUAAAUUAAAAAUAAAUAGCUAAAAGUAAGUUUCUGAAUAAAUAUAUACUUUCUCAUUUACGUUAAUAAAGAAGUAGUCAAAAAACAUCUAGAUGGAAACGGAUGAACAUAUUGGGGAGAAUGGCGACGUUUUCGUUCAUCGCUUGAAAGACUUGACAGAAGACGAGAAACAACGCCUGGCGCAACAAAACUCACGAAUUAUCCCAGAAUCGAAAGCUGCCAAAUUAGAAAGAGAAGCUAAGCGGCACUGGGACAUUUUUUACAAGCGCAACGAAACCAAAUUCUUUCGUGAUCGGCAUUGGACUACACGUGAGUUUCAAGAGCUUAUAAAUUUUGAUUCAGAUCAGAGAAUUGUAUUUCUAGAGCUCGGUUGUGGCGUCGGUAAUAUGAUAUUUCCUCUUGUGGAAGAAGGUUUCAAGAAUUUCUUCUUCUACGCGUGUGAUUUUUCACCACGUGCUGUCGAGUUCGUUAAGUCUAACAAGUUGUUUGAUGAGAGUAGAAUGAAGGUGUUUUGUGCGGAUUUGACAACUGACGAUUUGUUCGAGAACGUUCAACCGAGGAGUGUCGAUAUAGCGAGUUUGAUAUUUGUCUUAUCUGCUAUUCAUCCUUCGAUGUGGUCACAUGUGGCGAGCUUGGCUUUCAAGGUUCUUAAACCCGGCGGUGUGCUUUUAUUUCGUGACUAUGGGCGGUACGAUAUGGCUCAGUUGAGAUUUAAACCAGGACACAAAAUAGCAGACAAUUUCUAUAUGAGACAGGAUGGCACACGGAGUUACUACUUCACUGAGGAGGAAUUAGCAAAACUGUUCUCCGAAGCUGGCUUUGAAAUUAUCAUGAACACUUAUGUCCAACGCAGGACGGUCAACUUCAAGGAAGGAAUUGAUGUUCCUAGAAUAUUUGUUCAAGGAAAAUACAAGAAACCUGUAGUGAAUGAUGCUGACAUUCAUGAAUGAAAGCAUUUUAACACCAAAACUAUUAUUAAGAAUUUGGAAUUAACAUCUCUUGGAGUGCUGAUAUGAAAAGUUUGGAGGGGUUUUUGUUGUGGUUGUGGCUUGAAGAAUAUAACUUACCAUGAGGACUUUUCGUCAUAAUAUAUUUGAAGAGCUUGUGGUUAAAUAAAACAUCAAAAAUACUAAACGAGCUGUUACCUAAACAGGAAUAUACCAAAGAAAUAGGGAGUAAGGAAAGAAGGCAGUAGCUAAAAAGAAAUAAAAUGUUGAAUGAAAAAAUUCUUGAACGACAAAGGCGAAAAAGGAAGGAAUUCCUUCAACUUGGUGCAACUGGUCAAGAGUGUUGGAUAUAGAAUAAGAUUGACUACAGUUUUUCUUGUCAUCAUCAGUAUUAGCAUAAACUGAGCUGUAAGCCCACAUCAACUCAAGUCUGAAGGUUUACUUUUAUUGCAAAGAUGGCUAUUGAAAUUUGGUAAUACAGUAUUAACAAGUAAAAAAGAGCGAAGUGCAAAAUGUCAGCGUCAAGCAUCACGAAGAACUGAAAAAUCUGUUUUUAUUUAAAAUAAAUAUUAUUCUUUUAAAUUUUAAAUAUUAUAAAUAUAAUAAAUAUUAUUCUUA